AUGGUGGCCGCCUGGGUGCUGCUGGCCCUCCUGGCCUGGCCGGUUCCCGCCACGGCCGCCACGGUACGAGACUCGCUGCUCAACGUCUGCAUGGACGCCAAGCACCAUAAAACGGCACCCGGCCCCGAGGGGCAGCUCUACGGGCAGUGUACUCCCUGGAAGGAUAAUGCCUGCUGCACCGCCAACACCAGCGUGCAAGCCCACCAGGACCAGUCCUACCUGUACAACUUCAACUGGGACCACUGUGGGAUCAUGCCGGAGAAGUGCAAACGGCACUUCAUCCAGGACACGUGUCUCUACGAGUGCUCCCCCAACCUGGGACCCUGGAUCAAGCCGGUGGACAGCAGCUGGCGUAAGGAACGGAUCCUGCAUGUGCCGCUGUGCCUGGAGGACUGCGAGCAGUGGUGGGAGGACUGCCAGAACGCCGUCACCUGCAAGGUCAACUGGCACAAGGGCUGGAACUGGACCACAGUGGCUCUUGCGAAUUUGGUUUCCCGGCCACGUGGGCGCAGCAUGGCCGUGGCCGCCGGAUCCCCACCACGAAGCCAGGGUGGCGAGCGGCACUGGGGACGCGGCACCGGCGGCACAACGCCGGGAUAG